GGGUGGCGGCGCCUGGAACCUGGAGACCGACCCCCCCCACCCCCGGUCCGGAAUGUACUGACUCCCCCUUCUCUGCUCUCCUCCCUUCUCCGCCCCCCUGCAGGAGGGAGGCGCCCCCGAGUCUCCCCUCCCGCGAGAGGGGCCGCGCAGGCCGGGCCGGGCGGAACAGCGGCGGCGGCGGCCGCGGGAGCCGAGCCUGCAACGAGGGACCGGCUGAAGCGCGCGGGAGGGAAGGAGGCGAGGGCUCCGCGGCGCUGGCGCCGCCGCCGCUGCCGCCGCUCGCGGGGCAGAGAUGGCGGCGGAGCGGGGAGCCCGGCGACUCCUCGGCACCUCCUCCUUCUGGCUCUGCUGCCUGCUGCUGCUCGGGUGCCCGGCACCCGCCGCGGCCGCCAGGAGCGGCUCCCCGCCGCAGUCACCAGGAUCCAGCGUUCGAACAUUCACUCCAUUUUACUUUCUGGUAGAACCAGAGGAUACACUCUCAGUUAGAGGCUCUUCUGUUAUAUUGAACUGUUCAGCAUAUUCUGAGCCUUCUCCAAAAAUCGAAUGGAAAAAAGAUGGGACUUUUUUAAACUUAGUAUCUGAUGACCGACGCCAGCUUCUCCCAGAUGGGUCUUUAUUUAUCAGCAAUGUGGUGCAUUCCAAACACAAUAAACCUGAUGAAGGUUAUUAUCAGUGUGUGGCCACUGUUGAGAGCCUUGGAACGAUUGUCAGCAGAACAGCUAAGCUCACAGUAGCAGGUCUUCCAAGAUUUGCUAGCCAACCAGAACCUUCUUCAGUUUAUGCUGGGAACAGUGCAGUUCUGAAUUGCGAAGUCAGUGUGGAUCUGGUCCCAUUUGUGAGGUGGGAACAGAACAGACAGCCUCUUCCUCUGGAUGAUAGAGUCAUCAAACUUCCAAGUGGGACACUAGUUGUGAGCAACGCCACUGAAGGAGACGGAGGGCUCUACCGCUGCACAGUUGAGAGCGGCGGGCCGCCGAAGUAUAGUGAUGAAGCGGAGUUAAAAGUUCUUCCAGAUCCUGAGUUCACAUCAAACUUGGUAUUUCUGAAACAACCUUCUUCCUUAGUCAGAGUCCUUGGUCAGAAUGCAGUGUUGCCAUGUGUCGCUUCAGGACUUCCUCCUCCAGCCAUUAGAUGGAUGAAAAAUGAGAAGGCACUUGACCCAGAAAGCUCUGAAAAAUUGGCGUUGCUGGCAGGUGGUAGUCUGGAGAUCAGUGAUGUCACUGAGGAUGAUGCGGGGACUUACUUUUGUAUAGCUGAUAAUGGGAAUGAGACCGUUGAAGCUCAAGCAGAGCUUACAGUACAAGUCCAACCAGAAUUCUUGAAACAGCCGACGAAUAUAUAUGCUCAUGAGUCCAUGGAUAUCGUAUUCGAGUGUGAAGUGACUGGGAAACCGACUCCAACCGUGAAGUGGGUCAAGAAUGGAGAUGUGGUUAUCCCAAGUGAUUACUUUAAGAUUGUAAAGGAACAUAAUCUUCAAGUUUUGGGUCUGGUGAAAUCAGAUGAAGGGUUCUACCAAUGCAUUGCUGAGAAUGAUGUUGGAAAUGUACAAGCUGGAGCCCAACUGAUAAUCCUUGAACAUGCACCAGCCACAACGGGACCACUGCCUUCAGCUCCUCGGGAUGUCGUGGCCUCGCUGGUCUCUACCCGCUUCAUCAAAUUGACAUGGCGGACACCUGCAUCAGAUCCUCACGGGGACAACCUUACCUAUUCUGUCUUCUACACCAAGGAAGGGAUUGUUAGGGAACGUGUUGAGAAUACCAGUCGCCCAGGAGAAAUGCAGGUGACCAUUCAAAACCUAAUGCCAGCCACUGUGUACAUCUUUAGAGUUAUGGCUCAAAAUAAACAUGGCUCCGGAGAAAGUUCAGCUCCACUCCGAGUAGAAACACAGCCUGAGGUUCAGCUUCCUGGCCCAGCACCUAACAUCCGAGCACAUGCAGCUUCACCUACGUCCAUCACUGUCACCUGGGAAACACCUCUGUCUGGCAAUGGGGAAAUUCAGAAUUACAAAUUGUACUACAUGGAAAAAGGGACUGAUAAAGAACAGGAUGUUGACGUUUCAAGUCACUCCCAUACUGUUAACGGGUUGAAAAAAUACACAGAGUAUAGUUUCCGAGUGGUGGCUUACAACAAACAUGGUCCUGGAGUCUCCACACAAGAUGUUGCUGUUCGAACGUUGUCAGAUGUUCCCAGUGCUGCUCCUCAGAAUCUGUCCUUAGAAGUAAGAAAUUCAAAGAGUAUUGUGAUUCACUGGCAGCCACCUCCUCCAGCCACACAGAAUGGUCAGAUUACUGGCUACAAGAUUCGCUACCGAAAGGCCUCCCGAAAGAGUGACGUCACUGAGACCUUGGUACCUGGGACACAGCUCUCUCAGCUGAUUGAAGGUCUUGAUCGGGGAACUGAAUAUAAUUUCAGAGUGGCUGCUCUAACCAUCAAUGGCACAGGCCCGGCUACUGACUGGCUGUCUGCUGAAACUUUUGAAAGUGAUUUAGAUGAAACUCGUGUUCCUGAAGUGCCUAGUUCUCUUCACGUCCGACCACUUGUCACUAGCAUUGUAGUAAGCUGGACUCCUCCAGAGAAUCAGAACAUUGUGGUCAGAGGUUAUGCCAUUGGUUAUGGUAUUGGCAGCCCUCAUGCCCAGACCAUCAAAGUGGACUAUAAACAACGAUAUUACACCAUCGAAAAUCUGGAUCCCAGCUCUCACUACGUGAUAACCCUGAAAGCCUUUAACAACGUGGGUGAAGGCAUCCCCCUGUACGAGAGCGCCGUGACCAGACCUCACACAGUGCCAGAUCCCACUCCCAUGAUGCCACCUGUGGGAGUUCAGGCUUCCAUUCUGAGUCAUGACACCAUAAGGAUCACAUGGGCGGACAACUCACUGCCCAAACACCAGAAGAUUACGGAUUCCCGGUACUACACAGUCCGAUGGAAAACCAACAUCCCAGCAAACACCAAGUACAAGAAUGCAAAUGCAACGACUUUAAGUUAUUUGGUGACUGGUUUAAAAGCAAAUACACUGUAUGAAUUCUCUGUGAUGGUGACCAAAGGUCGAAGAUCAAGCACAUGGAGUAUGACAGCCCAUGGGACCACCUUUGAAUUCGUUCCUACUUCUCCACCCAAGGACGUGACAGUUGUGAGUAAAGAGGGAAAACCUAGGACCAUAAUUGUAAAUUGGCAGCCUCCCUCAGAAGCCAAUGGCAAAAUUACAGGUUACAUCAUAUAUUACAGUACGGAUGUGAACGCAGAGAUACACGACUGGGUUAUUGAGCCUGUUGUGGGAAACAGGCUGACUCACCAGAUACAAGAGUUAACACUUGACACACCAUACUACUUUAAAAUCCAAGCCCGAAACUCAAAGGGCAUGGGACCCAUGUCUGAAGCCGUCCAAUUCAGAACACCUAAAGCCUCAGGGUCUGCAGGAAAAGGAAGCCGGCUUCCAGACCUAGGAUCUGACUACAAACCUCCAAUGAGUGGCAGUAACAGCCCGCAUGGAAGCCCCACCUCUCCCCUGGACAGUAGCAUGCUGCUGGUCAUCAUUGUUUCUGUUGGCGUUGUCACCAUUGUGGUGGUUGUGGUCAUUGCUGUCUUUUGUACCAGGCGUACCACCUCUCACCAGAAAAAGAAACGAGCUGCUUGCAAAUCAGUGAAUGGUUCCCACAAGUACAAAGGGAACUCCAAAGAUGUCAAACCCCCAGACCUCUGGAUCCAUCAUGAGAGACUGGAGCUGAAACCCAUCGAUAAGUCUCCAGACCCAAAUCCCAUCAUGACUGAUACUCCAAUUCCUCGGAACUCUCAAGAUAUCACGCCAGUUGACAAUUCCAUGGACAGCAACAUCCAUCAAAGGCGGAAUUCAUAUAGAGGGCAUGAGUCAGAGGACAGCAUGUCUACACUGGCUGGAAGGCGAGGAAUGAGACCAAAAAUGAUGAUGCCCUUUGACUCCCAGCCACCCCAACCUGUGAUUAGUGCCCAUCCCAUCCAUCCCCUCGAUAACCCUCACCAUCAUUUCCACUCCAGCAGCCUCGCUCCUCCAGCCCGCAGUCAUCUCUACCACCCGGGCAGCCCGUGGCCCGUUGGCACAUCCCUGUCCCUUUCAGACAGGGCCAAUUCCACAGAAUCCGUUCGAAAUACCCCCAGCACUGACACCAUGCCAGCCUCCUCGUCUCAAACAUGCUGUACUGAUCACCAGGAUCCUGAAGGUGCUACCAGUUCCUCUUACUUGGCCAGCUCCCAAGAGGAAGAUUCAGGCCAGAGUCUUCCUACAGCCCACGUUCGCCCUUCCCACCCAUUGAAGAGCUUUGCUGUGCCGGCAAUCCCGCCCCCAGGUCCUCCCACCUAUGAUCCCGCGUUGCCAAGCACACCAUUACUAUCCCAGCAAGCUCUGAACCAUCACAUUCACUCGGUGAAGACAGCCUCCAUUGGGACUUUAGGAAGGAGCCGGCCUCCUAUGCCAGUGGUGGUUCCCAGUGCCCCUGAAGUGCAGGAGACCACGAGGAUGCUGGAAGACUCCGAGAGUAGCUAUGAACCAGAUGAGCUGACCAAAGAGAUGGCCCACCUGGAAGGACUAAUGAAGGACCUAAACGCCAUCACGACAGCAUGACGACCUUCCCCGGGACAUGACUGCAGACCUGGGUCUAGAAGUCUUGGGACGGAGCCUGGAAAGCAAGGAUUGUACAGAGCACGUGAGGACAGCACUUGAGAACACAGAGCGAGCAAGCAGACCGGUCAGCGCCCCUGUGUGGGGCUGGUUCCGGGCAUGGCCACCUGCCUUCUCCUGGUCAGCCUGGAAGAAGCCUGUGUCGAGGCGGCUUCCCUUUGCCUGCUGACACCCUGCAGGACUGGGCACCAUGGGCCAAAAUUUUCUGUCCAGGGAAGAGGCAAGAAGUGCGACGACCUACAUUUCACUUUGUGGUCAGGCUGUGUCUUCGUGCUGCGACUGCAUCGCCUCUAUGGAGUGUAGACAUUGGCAUUUAUGUACAAUUUUAUUUGUGUCCUAUUUUAUUUUACCUUCAAAAGAAAAACACUAUCAAAAACCAAGGGAGUCCAUGGUGUUCUCCACAAGUGGUUGACGUUUGACUGCUUGUUUGAAUUAUGUAUGGAAAGUCAUUGACAGUGUGGGUUGUUCCAGGGGUUGGCUUGUUUUUUGUUUUUGUUUUUAUUUUUGAAUUCCAAGUCAUUGCAUCCUCUACCAGCUGUUAAUCCAUCACUUUGAGGGGGGAGGAAAUGUUGCAUUGCUGUUUGUAAGCUUUUUUAUUAUUUUUUUAUUAUAAUUAUUAAAGGCCUGACUUUCUCCUCUCAUCACUGUGAGAUUACAGAUCUAUUUGAAUGAAAUGUAACAUUGAAAAGACUUGUUUGUUGCUUUCUGUGCAGUUUCAAAGUAUUGGGGUGGGGGUGGGCUGGGGGGUUGGGAAUAGGAAAUGGCGGGGCUGCUGAGGUCUGUGAAUGUUUCAGUCGAUGUACUUUCUUCCAGAAGCCUGCCGAGAAUGGAAGCAUCUUCUUUAUUGUCCUUUCCUGGCAUGUCCAUCUCUAUUGUCACUAAGUUGCAACUGGAGUUUCGUUUGGAUCUAGUUAAAAAAAAAAAAAUUCUUCUGUGCAAUAGGUGAGUUCGAGAACUUAGCUGCCCUGAUGUCUUGGUCAUAUCCUGAUAAGAAUGUCCAUGCUGAGGCGCCAGUGCCAUAUCUCCAGCUACAGGAGUGAUGCCGGAACAGGACAAGAGCCCAAGCCUGUUCCUGGGAAAUCAGGGGAAAAGAUGGAGUCCCUUUCCUGCUGUUAUCAUGUGUUCCCUGGGGGGGGAGGCCAGAGGUGAAGGAAGGAACUUUGUCUCCACAUAGGACUCCUUGCUUCUCCCUAGCUCCUGUCCUCAGCCAGCCUGGCUCUCGCUGCCGUGUUUCAGAGCCACUUAGGAAAAGCGUUCCCAGGAUGAGGCAGGCAGGGGCUGUAGCACCCCUGAAGCUCUCCUUUCUGAACAUUGUAGAUAACGGGACAGGGACAGCGAAAAGGGACAGAGGAGGUGGCUGCCCCCUCCUCCAUCCCAGCAGCUCAGUGAAGCCCCUAAUUAGAACAGGGUAGCAGGAGGUUGCUGAAGUAAUGCUGAGAGGCCCAGCCGCAUACACAGAAGCCUUUGCCUUUGCCAACAGUUCUCAUGUUCUUUGUCUUAAAAAGGUAAGGAGCUGAGGUGGGUUUUUUGGGUUUUUUUGUUUUGUUUUUUCUUUUGUUUUGUUUUGUUUUUUACUAUUGAGAAUCUAUUCCGACAAAACACAGGACUGACCCUCAAGCAUCUUCCCCUACUCCCUACCACUCCCCGGAAGACAGUGUGGAAGGCAGUAUAGGAGCAUCAGGCUUUGGUUCUGUAGCCAAGAAGAGUUCAGCUCGCUGAGACCACCAGGGGGCGCCCAGCCUACCCGCCUUGGCCCUGCAGGCACCCCACUUGCCUUUGUACAUUGGUCAUUUCUCCUUUUUUAGGUCUUAACACAUAUUUGCUUUUUUAGAAGAUGAACUCUUUGUAUUUAUUAUUUUGGGGGCAAUGAAAAGUGCAAUGCCGGAACUCCCGCCACCGUGCCGGCCUGUCGUAGAGGGCAGUGCCAGGCGGGAUUCUGGAAAACCAGUGCACUUCAACUGAUCCUGAACAGAGCACUCAGAGCACUCUGGACACCAGGAGGGCUAGAUUCCCCAGAAACUGUCUUACCUUUUGCCCAAAGAAACGUGCUCGGUAUUCGGGGCAUUCCCUCCCGUGAACCCUGACACUCGUGUUACCUCAGGGCCUUGGAACCUGGAUACUGCCACAGAGCUGGGGCGGGGGGGGCGGGGCCUAUUUUUAAAUAAAAUAACUGUUCAAAGUCGGGGGAUUUUUUAAAAUUAAAAAGGAAAGCUAUUCUGUAUUGCACCUUUUCACAAUUUAAUACAUUUUCUUACAUUUUCCUGUGAUUUUUGCAAUUAAACCAUUGUGUGUCUUGUAAUGUCUAGUUGAGCUGCUGUUCAGCAGCUUCCUUCAGGAGGAUUUGGAACACAUGUGUCUGUUGCCUUGUCGCCUGCUGGAGGGGGGCCUGGAGGACUGCUGGGGACUAGUCUCUGUACACACUUGUUUGGCCUUUUCUGUAGUUGAUGCUGUAAACUCUAUGGCUUUUUAAAAAAACAAUUUCAUGUUUUUAUUUAGUAUUGGAAAUCCAAUACACUUUUUUAAUCCAAUCAAA